AAACGCUAACCAGAAUCGCGACAGAUGUGUAUGUAAAAUCAUUUCUACUCCGUACGCAAAUUAAGAAUGUGAAGAACAUAGCCUACACCAACAUCAUCAUGUAAAAACCUUCGAUUUCAAGAGUUUGAAGAGGCAUUUCAUUUUAUGAAGUUAGCUGUGUUAGUUUUGGACUGAUAAUCUGAGGGAAACCGAAAGUACGCCAUUGCUGACUUUGCUUCUGUUGAUGGUGUUCUUAGAUCACUUUAAAAUUUUGGCUUUGAUUUCACCUGUUCUUCACGUACAAUACGCAGACAUCUUGGUUGGCAACAUAUUCAAGAGGUUCUGAAUUACUGUACAACAGAAAAUUUCUGCUGGCCAACGGAGUUUCAUUGCGUUGCUGAUUUUCAACUUCGUUGAUGAUGUUUGAUCGUGUAUCGUCGGACGCUUGCUGCAUGUUUGCUGUUUGUGAUGGAUUGCGUGCUCUUUAAACAAAAGCAAAACAAAAUUCGGCUCUAGACAAUGAACGUUCUGUAGGUUAAAUCUGUUAGUUACCACCAGCAAGUUUGCUGUUCUAAUUCCAAAGCUUCCAAAAAUUUCAGUACAAUCCAGGAAAGGAAGCUUAUGUUUGAAAAUUCUCAGCGAUGGAGCUCCACGUCCAGAGAUAACAACGGCCAAAUCCACAACAGCUAGACUUACCUGUUAGAGGGUUGGAUUGUUGUGUGUGAAAGAUGCAUUCACAUGUCGAUAGCAGCUUUCUUCUGCCAGAGAUGAUGACGGAAAAUAGCCGUUUCUCUACGCCUAGAAGCAGUGUCGGUGAUGGAAUUUCGACAGAUUGUGAUGCUGAUGUGGAAUCAAACAUGUCUGGAAACUCCGAAGAGACAUCACCCCACCGCAGACGCAGUUCAUACGGUAUUUACGGCAUAGUGCCAGCAAACAGAUCAACAAUCCUUGGUAAACAAUCAGAGCGUCUCAAGAAGGAGAGCGAGCAUGAAGAAGAGGAUAUGUCUUGGAAAAGCAUUGCUAUGCAGCAUAAACUGGUCCUUUUGUGUACGGUAGCUUUUAUAACUCUCAUGGUAUUUAGCAUUCUGUUCACAUUUGCUGUCUGCCAAAGUGAAUGCAAAAAGGAGAAUAUGCAGGAACUAAACAAAAGUGAUCUUAAAAGCAAAUGGCCCCUUCUUCUAGAAAACCACUAUCCACAAACCAAGAUGCUUCUGUCAGACAUCAAUGGAGAUGGUGAAAACGAUAUUGUAGCUGCUUUCAGACAAAAUGCAAGCGUAGUCACAGAUGUUGGUAGCAUAGAAGAUGGUAACAAAUCAGUCAUCAAAGCCUUAGAUGGUAAAACUGGCCUAUUAUUAAAGGAGAUAGCGAUAGAUUUCCUUCCCUUUUGGAUUUACGUUGACGACAAGGUCAAGGCAAAUACCAGUUGCUUUGUUUUGUCUCGAUAUGGGGAAGUUGCAAAGGUGAUGAUAGCUACAGAAACCAUAGUCUGGAGUGUUCAACCAUGCUCGGAGGUCCACUCUGUUCUGUUGACAAAAGACCUUGAUUUUGAUUCCAACUCAGACUUGCUUGUUGUUUGUUCAUGGGUAUCAGCAACCGAUACUACCAUUUCAGGUAUCGCAUUGAUAUCCAGUACCAGUGGAAGCCUUAUUGGAAGUAAGAUAAGAUAUCAGCUGGGACAAACACCUUCUCCUUUCUUGAUGCAGCACAUAAACAAGAAGAACGAAACAUGCAUACUCUUUGGGACAGAACGACAUGGCAAAAGCACGGUUCUUGCAGUAAGACUCAAACGGCUUAUAGAAAUAGCAACCGGCACGAGAAGUAAAGUCAAUCUCGUCAGUGAGAACCCCUUGGUGGUUGCAAAGAAUGUAAGGACCGAUGUUCAAGCUGCUUACGAAGAUAUUUCUGGUGAUGGAGUUAAAGAUAUUGGAUUUGUACUGCAGCACGGGAUGAUCUCAUUCAUUGAUGGUGCAACCUUAACCUUGAAGAAAACAAUAGAUGCAAGACAUGGUAGAAUAAUCAGGAUAUCUGUUUUAUCUGCAACGAGCUUCAACAGACCUCGUCUUGCUGUUCUAAAAAGCGGCAAAGACAGAUGUUCAAGUGCAACGUUGAAUGUUUACGAUUUUAAGAAUGCAUUCAAUCCAUACGCAAUCGAAAUUCCAUUCAACCCACUGUUGGUAUCUGAGUCCUAUCUGAAUGGAAGGGAAGCAUUCAUUUUCUGGAUAUCCUCUCAACUGCAUGCCUCAUGUGCUAGUGAAAGCCCUAUGCCUUCAAGAAACAUAACUGAAAAGACUUAUUCGAAGAAAGAGUUCAACUCUAAAGUAGCAAGUCAUAUGAUGACUCAGACUGAGGAGUCGGGCAUUGAUGACAUAGCAGAUGAUAUCGACAUUGAUGCAAUUGACAGAGAUGUGCUAGACAACCUAAGAGAGUAUGUUGGCAUCGAUGACAAAGGCGUCACACGACAUCAUAAACUCUUUCAUUUGGUAUGCAACUACUUGCUGUUGAGAUUCCUCAUAUCCUAUGGCAUUACAACUGAUUCAGUUUUAAAAGAUUUUAGGUCAACCAGAAACCAUCUUCUAAACCUGAGCAAUCGAAACCUCGGAAGGGCUUUGACCGACCAGCUAAAGGGGCUGUUAGCUGCUGAUUAUGACAAGGAUGUUGACAUUCCACCAUGGUUUGAUGAUGUUGAGAAUGACAUUGACUGGUUAAAGGAUGCAGGAAUGAAACGCUCUGUGAAAUCAAAGCGUGAUAUCCAAGGCAUUGUCGACGGAGAAGGGGAUUGGAACAUUGGAAAUAAAUUGUCUUUUGAAGAAUUGGAUGGCAAGGAACUCGAGGAGGAAGACUUGAAGGAGUCUCUGACAGUCUCUGAACCAUUAAAGAAGAUUCCGAGCAAAGAAGAAACCGAGAGAAAGCAGUGGACUACGGACAUAAAGAGCUUGUUUAGAGACAAAGUUAAAGACAUUUCACACUUAAGCGAGGCUAGAAAAGUUUCACACAACGACAUGAGACAACCAAGUAAUAGAAAUGGAUUAAAAGAAACCUUUGAAGAAACACUGAAUUCAGAGCCUUGUCAUCUGCCAGUUCCCCGAUUUAAAAGCCUUGAGAUAAUCAAAACGAAAUUUAAAUGGCGGAAUAUCACUGUUCUUACAGAAGAUGGCGCAUCUGAUAAAAAGUAUGAUAACACAGCAGCUAAGGAAAAGAGGUUAUCAAGAAACGUGUGUUCAGGAAUACAGAUGCAAGUUCAAGACAUGUUAGUGGAUAGCAAUCAUAUGUACUAUAUGUUGGUAUAUUACGGCGGAUCUUUGCAAGAUAAUGUCCUAACCCAGAUAAAUAGUGUUCGGUUAAACAAUUUUGAAUGACCAAAACACAACACUGGUAAAGCAAUCGAACUACUUAACACUUGGGUACAGCUGUCGAACUUUUUAUCAGGAGCAUUUCAAUCUGUUGUAGUGUCAAGAAAUCCAUGUAACAUUCUCGGAUCUUGUACUCAUUUCUAUAAUUCAUUUCUAACCAUUCAAAUUUUGAACAAUAGAUCGAUACUUCGCCAAGAGCAUUACUAAGAUAGCAAUAAUCUUCCUUUGUAGGGUUUUAAACAAUGUCAAGAGAUGAGAGAUCGGUCUAGGGCUAGGUUCGCUUGUGAUUUUAUGGCGGCCAUACAUUAGGAAUGCAAAUGAAAACAAAAGAAAUUAAAUUGCCACGCCCAACCCCUCCUUAAUCUCUUUGUUUUCUAAGGAUGGUUUCCAAAGCUUGAGGAAAUUGUCCAUGGGAAGAACGAAAACUUUUCUGGACCCUGAAAUUUUACUCCCUAAAUAAAGUUUUUUCCAAUCAUACUCUCAAUACCACAGGGUGACAGCCUACUGAGAAAGAGAUGUCGUCGAAGGAAGACUCAAUGACUUGAUCGAGCUUCCUAUUGUCUUGAACCACAAGAAUUUAAACCCCGCUCAAUUUCCAUAGAAAAAGGCCCCCCAACUGAAGCGAUAACUCACUUCUCAAAACCAAUGAUUGAAUGAUUCGCUAGGCGUCAUCGAAACAAUAUGUAUAUCAGUUGCAAGAAAGAAUAGGGGCUAGGCCCUCUUCUAGGAUUGGGACACCCGUGCCACAAGAGAAUCUAGCCUGUGUUCCAAACCACUAACUUGAAAGUAAGGGUGUAGAUAAACACAUUGGGGUCUGGAACACAGGCUUAAGGGAAGCUCGAUCCAGUCUUUAAAUGGAUCUGUGUAGAGCUGUCGUCGUACAACAGAGCUGUUGUUAUUGAGAUUGGUGAAAAUUUGCUUCGAUUGAAAUGAUACAAACAAAAUGACUGAAACUGAUAAAAAAAUGUUUGCAAAGGAACAUUCUCAGACCUGUCGCUCUUGUCACUCUGGUAUUUGUGCAAUGUAUACAUGGGCUCCGUCACAGGU